GUUUUGUAUAGGCAGAAAAAUUUCUCGUAAAACUUAGUUUGAAACAAAAAGAGUUUUUCGUGGCAAUUCAGAAAAAAAACACAAUGAGCGCCAUCUGUCUGGUAAGUGGAAUUCACGGGCAAGACAUUCCGACAACCGUAGCGAACGCCAUCAGUGUUUCCAGCGCCAACCUUGACAUAGCUAUCCAAGCGGUUAACAACACAAUCAACUUGGCCGAUCAGACCAUACUAACAGCGUGGAAUCAAUUCGGACAAUCUAUGGUGGACCUUUACAAUUCAUACUACAAUCGCUUAUCGAACUAUACUACUGUCGAUCUUAGUGUCUUCGCCACCGCUAUCAGCAGUAUUCAAAACACCAUUAGCUACACUCCUGUGCCAAUUCAGGAUUACCCUAUCAGUCAGCUAUUCUCUAGCGUCAAAUCGAGCGCUCAACAAGCCGCCGAUAUUCUGUCCUCGGCUGCCGCCUCCAUCAACACGGCUGUAUGUGGAUCCUGUACAGCCAAGAAGCUAGACAACUGUAAGAACAAGUUCGGUGCUCGGCUAGGCGUUAGCCCAAUUACUAUCGAUCGCGUGACCGAUUGUGUCUCUGCUGAACAGACCCGUUUCACCAACAUCGGGUCGAACGUUGCUGCGCAAUAUAACAAUGUCCUUACCAGUGCUACAAACUACCUUGCCGUGCUGAACGUUUGCGAUACUCCGGCAGCCGAAGUUCUGAACAACCCAGCCCCUGGCCAAAGGAUUUCUACGCAAUGCCUGUCGGAUUUCCUCCAGAAUGUUAAUAGCUUGACGAUUGGCGUUUUUGUAGCGGACAGUAUGCGAAAUUAUCAGACAGAAUUGGUCACCUAUCGGAUGGAGCGUUGUUCCAAGCUCGUUGGAUUGGACAUUCAGGACCGCACCACCAAGGUUCUAGACGACUUCUCCAACUGCUUGGGCUAAAUCGAAUUAGUGUCCCGAAUAUUGGGAAAAAUAAAUGUGGUCGUGAACAAUUCGAGAAAAAAGGUAGAACAU